UCUCGGUUUUCUUUCUCUCCUGUCUCUUUGUUUCUCUCUCUCACGCACUAUUGGAAUCAGCUCAUGAGCUAAGAAGAAGAAAAAGAAAAAAAAAAAAGUGCGUAGGAGGAACUAAAUUCCUUUCCUAAUAUCAAAAAGAAGGAGGUCAAGGAAAACGUGUUUUAAAAACUAAAGUGAUCUCUAUACUCUGAAGAACUGGAAGAAACCAGAGGGAAAAUCGAGUUUUGGGAUGGGCAUGAGAGCAAAAACAAAGAGAUGACAUGGUGCAAUGAUUCAGACGAUGAUAGGGCUCUUCAGAUAAUCACGGCAACUUCUAAAGAAAAUACAAAUGUUCUCGACCCACCCAAAACCGAUUAUAUCAGGAAUACCAUAACAUGCCCAUCAUGUGGCCAGGACAUAGAGUUCCAAGAUCAGGCCGGAAUUCAAGAUUUGCCGGGGCUACCAGCAGGGGUGAAGUUUGAUCCGACAGACCAUGAAAUUCUUGAACAUUUAGAGGCAAAGAUUCUGUCUGAUACGCGGAAGCUUCAUCCUCUUAUUGAUGAAUUCAUCCCAACACUUGAGGGAGAGAAUGGAAUUUGCUAUACUCAUCCAGAAAAACUACCAGGAGUAAGCAAAGACGGCCAAAUCCGGCACUUCUUCCAUCGACCUUCAAAGGCAUACACGACUGGGACUAGGAAACGAAGGAAGGUCCACACUGAUGAAGAUGAGAGCGAGACGAGAUGGCACAAAACUGGCAAGACAAGGCCAGUCUUUGUUGGUGGGGCAGUGAAGGGGUACAAAAAGAUCUUGGUUCUCUACACCAACUAUGGCAGGCAAAGAAAGCCUGAGAAAAGAAACUGGGUGAUGCACCAAUACCAUCUUGGAAACAAUGAAGAAGAGAAAGAUGGAGAAUUAGUGGUUUCAAAGGUUUUCUACCAGACACAACCUAGACAAUGUGGUUCAAGUAUUAAGGAUUCAUUGAAUAACCAAAGCGUGCAUGAUAAUAGUCCUAAUGAGAUUCCUAUACCUAAAAACCCUACAGCUCUUUUGGAGCAUUACAACACUUCUUUUAUUAACUAUGACUAGGGGUAGGGAUGGCCAUACUCAUUGGGUAAUGGAUAUCCAACCCUACCCGAUUCAAAUAUUCUGAGUAAUACUCGGUUCUUCAUGAGUAGAGCUUAACCGGGUGAGGUAUGGGUAUUACCCGAAUUGUUCGGGUAGGGUAUGGAUAUUAUCCAAACCCGACCCAUAUUAAAAAAAAAAAAAAAAAAAAAAAAAAAAAAAAAAACACCAACCAACCCUAAACCUCUCUCAUCGUCACUCACACUCUCUCUGCCUCUCUGCCUUUCCUCAUCGUCUCUCCUCACCACUUCGUGUUGUGGGAAAGUUCUGUCUCUCAGAUAUACACACAUUUAUUUGUUUUGGCAUUGAUUUUGCGCUUAAUUAUUGUUCCUCGUUCAUCGUCUCUGGUCUUUCUACCACUUUCUUUCCUCAGUUGCCUACAUGUCUACCAAAUCCUCUGCCUCAACCCCAGCCCCAAGGCCUCCAACUCGCAUGACAUUAGAAUCACAAUCGUUGUUUGGAGAGGAAGUUAAGUUCGUUCCGGUUGAGAAUCCACAACAACAAGGCACUAAAAGAAGAACAAUUUUAGACGUAUGGAAUCAUUUUAAGAAAAAGAAUAUUGAUGGGAAAGUUAAGGCCCAAUGCAACUACUAUGGAAGACUUAUGGCUAGAGCAAGUACAUCAGGGACAACUCAUUUAAAAUUGCACAUAGCAAAAAGUUGUCCAAGUGCUCCGAGGGAAGCAAGUCCUCCAAGGGAAGGAGCAGAUAUUAGGAAGCAAGUUCUUGUCAAACAACACAAUAGGACAAGAAGUAAAGGGAUCUCAAGCCCUAGUGUUUUUAAUGAAGAGGAUCGGGAGGCUUCGAGGAGGGACCUUGCUUGAAUGGUCUUUUGCAUGAGUACCCUCUUGCAAUUGUUGAUCAUGUUGGGUUUUGGGAUUUUAUUGGUGGUCUUCAGCCAAAUUUAAAAUAGUAGGAAGAAACACAUUGAAGCGAGAUAUCAAAAAAAUUUAUAAUGAAAAGAAACAGAAGACUAUGGUAGAAAUUGACAAGAAUGCAAGUAAAGGUGCAAUCACAAGGGACUUGUGGACUGCAAACAAUAGUAAGAGGUUAUUCAUGGUAAUCACAGCGCAUUACAUAAGUGACUCUUGGACUUUGGAAAGCCGAGUUAUAAGAGUAUGUCAUAGAAAACAUUGAUAGAGGAGUCAUUUAUUCUCAAGCUUUAUCUUCUACAUCUACAUCAAGUGCUACACAUAAACAUGAUGAUACAAUGAGGGACUAUGAUUUGUUUGUUAGUAAUGCGACUACUAACAUAGGCCAAAGGGGUAAGGAUAUUAUAUCGGAGUUUGAACUUUAUACUAGUGAGAAAGUGGCACCUAGAACUGAACAAUUUGAUGUUUUGGGUUGGUGGAAGCAUAAUGGUAGUAAGUAUCCUACCUUGCAACACAUUGCAAGGGAUAUUUUGGCUAUUCCUAUGACAAUAGUUGCCUUAGAGUCGGCUUUUAGCACUAAUGGGAGAUUGUUGAGUCCACAUCGUAGCCGUCUUCAUCAUGAUACCUUAGAAGCAUGAUGUGUGGGCAAAAUUGGUUAUGGAGUGAACUUAAAGGUGUACCAAAAGAUGCUACCAUUCAAAAUGUUCUUGAUGAUUAUGAAGAAAAUGAAGUGGAGGAAAGUCAUGCCAUGGAGCUUUCAGACUAAUGGACAGGUCCUACGUUGUUAGUUGAUGUUCCAAGGGAUAAGAACAUUACUGGUAUGUUCUCUCUUCUUUAAUUGAGACUAAUUUUACCCUGCUAUGUGCAGACAACUGGUAUGCCGUGUUUGUUAGUUGGCUGAUGUGUUUGUGUAUGUGAAUAUAAAACAAUAUAUGGGUAUUGUGAACUUUCUGUGUAUGUGUUUAUUGUGUUGUAUCAUUGUGUGUGUGUACGUGAAGUUUACUCUCAAUGAAUGUUGCUUGUCUUGAGCCAAAAAUAGGAAAAUCUUUAGAAGUUCAAAACUGGAACGUUGUAUAUUGGAUUUUACACUACGAAUUGAGUUGGUGGCCACUUUUGAAUGGUUUUGAGAUGUGGUAAAGUGUGUACUGGGCCUUAAGCCAAAAUUAGGUAUGUAUUAAAGAAUUGGCAUUAUCUAGUUGAUCCCAAA